CGUGAAUUUAAAUUUGGCGCCGUUAUAUUUUAGUUAUAUCCGGUAACAUUACAUUUUCUCUACGUUGGCAGCCCGAAUAGUCUGCCAUCUUUUACCGUUUCCGGCGACUGUCUUUUUCAGGUACGAAAGAAAUAUGACGGGCUUUAGUCAAAAGGCCAUCAUAAUAGAUGGAAGGGGCCAUUUACUUGGCCGACUGGCUGCCGUCGUAGCGAAGACACUCCUAGAAGGCAACAGAAUCGUUGUUGUUAGGUGUGAACAGUUGAAUAUUUCAGGAAACUUUUACAGAAACAAACUGAAGUACUUGUCUUUCUUGCGAAAACGUUGCAAUGUUAACCCUGCGAGAGGCCCAUUCCACUUCAGGGCUCCAUCAAGGAUAUUCUGGAAGACUGUCAGGGGAAUGUUGCCCCACAAAACAGAAAGAGGCAAGCAGGCUCUUCGUAGAUUGAAGUCGUACGAAGGUAUCCCACCUCCAUAUGAUAGGAGGAAACGUGUCGUUGUGCCUGGAGCACUUAGGGUUAUUUGCCUGAAACCAGGACGCAAGUUCUGUCACGUCGGUAGACUGUCGCACGAAGUGGGCUGGAAGUACCAGACUGUGGUGCGUACGUUGGAGUCUAAACGUAAAUAUAAGUCAGUGUUGGCCAUCCGCAAGAGGGACAAACUGAAGAAGAUCACGAAAGCAGCGUCCGAAAAGGUGGCCAAGCAAACUAAGCCGUUCACUGCUAUCAUUAAUUCUUACGGUUAUAAUUAAGGACGUUCAAUAAAGAAAACAUGUUUGACAGA